AUGAAUGCUGCUGUGCGCGCAGUAGUACGCAUGGGAAUCUAUGUAAAAGCCAAAGUGUAUUUUGUUUAUGAGGGUUACCAGGGAAUGGUUGAUGGUGGUGAUAAUAUUGUAGAAGUGUCAUGGGAAAGUGUUUCAAGUAUCCUGCAAGUGGGAGGUACAGUUAUUGGUAGUGCACGCUGCAAAUCUUUUCGUACCCGGGAGGGCCGCCUGCAAGCAGCCUACAACUUGGUUCAGAGAGGAAUCACUAAUCUUUGUGUGAUUGGUGGAGACGGUAGCUUAACUGGUGCCAAUUUGUUCCGUGAAGAAUGGAGUGGGCUUCUAGAAGAACUGGCACAGAACGGAAAGAUUGAUGAAGAGGCUGUUAAGAAAUAUGCUUACCUUAACAUUGUGGGAAUGGUUGGAUCCAUAGACAAUGACUUCUGUGGCACUGAUAUGACCAUAGGUACUGACUCAGCCUUGCACAGAAUCAUUGAAGUUGUGGAUGCCAUCAUGACCACUGCUCAAAGCCAUCAGAGGACAUUUGUUCUGGAGGUUAUGGGGAGACACUGUGGGUAUCUAGCUCUUGUUAGUGCCUUAGCCUGUGGUGCAGAUUGGGUAUUUAUUCCUGAAUACCCACCAGAAGAAGGAUGGGAAGAUUCAAUGUGUGUUAAGCUUUCAGAGAAUCGUGCACGAAAGAAAAGACUGAAUAUUAUUAUUGUAGCUGAAGGAGCUAUUGAUUGUCACAACAAACCUAUAACGUCAGAGAAGGUUAAGGAUCUUGUGGUUCAGCGGCUCGGUUUUGAUACCCGAGUAACUAUCUUGGGUCAUGUGCAAAGAGGUGGAACCCCUUCAGCUUUUGACAGAAUUUUGGCAAGUCGUAUGGGUGUGGAAGCUGUGCUUGCCCUUUUAGAAGCUACUCCAGCUACUCCUGCUUGUGUCGUGUCUCUGUCUGGAAACCAGGCUGUCCGUCUGCCUUUGAUGGAGUGUGUCCAGAUGACUCAAGAAGUCCAGAAAGCCAUGGAUGAGGGAAGAUUUGUUGAGGCUGUGAGGCUUCGUGGAAGGAGCUUUGAAAACAACCUUAACACUUACAAAUUACUGUCGCACAAAAAACCAGAUGCCGAGCUUCCGAAGACUAAUUUUAAUGUGGCAGUUUUAAAUGUUGGUGCCCCUGCAGCUGGAAUGAAUGCUGCAGUGAGGGCUGCAGUGAGAGUUGGCAUAACUGAAGGCCAUAAAAUGUUUGCUGUCAUUGAUGGAUUUGAAGGUUUUGCUAGAGGGAAGAUAAAGGAAAUCAGCUGGGGAGAUGUUGGAGGCUGGACUGGUCAAGGAGGAUCAAUUCUUGGUACAAAACGUACUCUUCCUGCAAAAUAUUUGGAGAAGAUUGCUGACCAGAUGCGCACUAACAACAUUAACGCCCUUAUGGUUAUUGGUGGAUUUGAGGCAUACCUCGGACUUCUGGAAUUGUCAGCUGCCCGAGAGAAAUAUGACGAAUUCUGUGUUCCAAUGGUUAUGGUUCCUGCAACUGUAUCCAACAAUGUACCGGGUUCAGAUUUCAGCAUUGGUGCAGAUACUGCUCUGAACACUAUAACUGAUACAUGUGAUCGCAUCAAACAGUCAGCCAGUGGUUUUUUUUUUGUAUUCAUCAUUGAGACCAUGGGUGGUUAUUGUGGUUAUCUGGCUAAUAUGGGGGCUCUUGCGGCAGGAGCUGAUGCUGCUUAUAUCUUUGAAGAACAGUUUGAUAUUCGGGAACUCCAGGCUAAUGUGGAACACUUGACUGAAAAAAUGAAAACCAGUAUCCAGCGUGGUCUAGUGCUGAGAAAUGAGAACUGCAAUGAGAACUACACAACUGACUUCAUUUAUCAGCUGUAUUCUGAAGAAGGAAAAGGAGUAUUUGACUGUCGAAAAAAUGUUUUGGGCCACAUGCAGCAG